AUGGGACCCAUUAGGGUGGUGCUUAAAUCAUCGGCGAGCCCAUUAUGGUGCCACCCCUUGGAUUUAUCGCCGCCUCCUAUUAAAGAGCUACCGUCCGUCCUCUUCAGGUCGAUAGCGCCUUCUUGGCCUCUUUUGACUGCGCAUCCACGUCCGAGGCCAUGGGUCACUUCUUCGGCGGUUCGGCCUUACACAUUAGUGGCAACCCGGACGAUCCGCCUCGGCGAA